CCUGCUCGAGGAAGAGGAGGAAGAGGAAGAGGAAGAGGAGGAGUGAGAAUGCAUGGAGGAAUAGGGGGAAGAGGCCGAGGAGCACGGAGGCACCAUGAUGUCCCAGAUGAAAUCCGGGCCACCCUUAUUGACCACGUUAUAAACCAUCGCCUCACAAUGGCAGAGGCAGGUCGCCGAGUGCAGCCUAAUGUGCCUCGGUCUACAGUCUCCUCCAUCAUCCAAACCUUUCGCAGGGAAAACAGGAUUGGACGACAGCCUCAAGUGGGUGGCAGAAGAAAACUUCUAAAUGAACAACAAGAACGAGAAAUAUGCAACAUGGUCAUUGCAAAUAAUGCCAUCACACUGAGACAGAUUCGUAAUGCAAUCCUUCUAGACAAUGUAAUGUUCCAAAAUAUAAACUCUAUCAGCAUCUCCACAAUAGACCGGGUAUUGAAGAAACAUCAGAUGACCAUGAAACAGAUUUACAGGGUACCAUUUGAGAGAAACUCUGACAGAGUGAAAGAGCUGCGGUACCAGUAUGUGCAUUACUUUAGAUCCUCUUUAGAAUAAUGGCAUUAGAAGGCAACGAAACCCCUCACAUCCUAGUGUUCGUUGAUGAAGCUGGCUUCAACCUGGCCAAAGGUCGAAGGCGUGGCCGUAACAUCAUUGGCCACCGAGCCACUGUGGAUGUCCCAGGCCAGCGAGGAGCAAAUAUAACAAUGUGUGCCGCUAUAUCAGAAAGAGGUGUGGCCACACACAUUCCCAGUUUAGGGCCCUACAAUACACAAAAGCUCCUCAAUUUUUUGGACCACCUUUAUACUGAUCUGAUCCCGGAAAAUGAGAGAGGUGAAGAAGGACCUCAGCUACCACAUUAUGUCAUUGUGUGGGAUAAUGUGAACUUCCACCGUGGCCCACGCAUCAGAACCUGGUUCACCACCCAUCCCCGGAUGCUAAUGGAGUUUCUUCCACCUUACUCUCCUUUCCUAAAUCCAAUUGAGGAGUUUUUUUCAGCUUGGAGGUGGAGGGUGUAUGAGCAUCAGGCUCAAGACCAGAGGGCCCUGCUGCAUGCAAUGGAUGCUGCAUGUGAGGACAUCACAGGGGAUCAAUGUAGGGGAUGGUUGAGACAUUCACGCCGUUUCUUCCCUCGCUGCAUCGCAAGAGAAAAUAUCCGUUGCGAUGUGGAUGAGAAUUUAUGGCCUAACAGAGAGCAGCGCGUCGAUGGCCAGGAGGAUGAGGAUGGUGGCCAGGAAAGAGAGGGUGACAAUGGCGACCACUGAAAAUAUUACUGUACUAUAGUUCUGAAACUUUAUUUACAGUA